GAGGUGUGACGUAAACAUGUCAGUGGUGUGGUUACGGAACAGUUCAGCUUGACUCGGUCCGUGUUGACUCCAGUGCUCCGUUCUGCUGCCUGUGGUCCGACUCUGACCCGCGGCUCCAUGGCUCACCGGUACCUGCGGCUGCCGGCGGCGUGCCGCGGCUUGUUCCGGCUGCUGCGUCCCCCCGUGGCUCCGACCAGGCUGAUGAUGUCUUCAGCCACUCCAGCACUUGUGGGGAGUAGGUGGAGCCUACUCGGCGAGCUGCUGGGAGCCUGCAGGACACUGAGCUCUAAACCACCAAAAGGAUUUGAGAAAUAUUUCCCAGACAGUCAAAAAGCAGCCAAGGGCUCUGAAGCUGAAAGUAAAGAGUCCAAACCUCCCAACAACCAGAGAGCACCUGGGAAGUCUGGAGGAGGAGGAACAGGUGGAGGAGGAGGAGGAAAACGAGGAGGGCGUAAGGACGACUCUCACUGGUACAGCCGUGUACAGAAGGGCGACAUUCCCUGGGAUGAUAAGGAGUUCCGGAUGUACUUACUGACCGGUGCAGCGGUCUGGGCCGGCCUCACCUACUACUUCUUCUUCAGAGAUGGUAGCCGGGAGGUCACCUGGAAGGACUUUGUCAACAACUACCUGUCAAAGGGAGUGGUGGAUCGGUUAGAAGUGGUCAACAAGCGCUUCGUCAAAGUGAUUUUCUCUCCUGGGAAGAUGCCAAUGGAUGGACAGUACGUCUGGUUCAACAUUGGCAGUGUGGACACAUUCGAGAGGAACCUGGAGAACGCUCAGGCGGAGUUCGGCAUCGAAGGGGAGAACCGGCUGCCGGUGGUUUACUCCACCGAGAGUGACGGAACGUUCUUGCUGAGCAUGCUCCCCACGGUGCUCAUCAUCGGCUUCCUGCUCUUCAUGCUGCGGCGGGGGCCGGCUGGGGCGGGACGUCCUGGAAGAGGAGGGAUGGGGGGGCUGUUCAGCGUCAGCGAGACGACGGCCAAGAUCCUGAAAGAUGAGAUCGAUGUGAAGUUCAAAGACGUGGCAGGUUGCGAGGAGGCCAAGGUGGAGAUCAUGGAGUUUGUCAAUUUCCUGAAGAAUCCCAAACAGUACCAGGACCUGGGGGCCAAGAUCCCAAAGGGAGCCAUCUUAACGGGGCCCCCGGGAACUGGAAAGACUCUUCUAGCCAAAGCAACGGCUGGCGAGGCCAACGUGCCUUUCAUCACCGUCAACGGCUCUGAGUUCCUGGAGAUGUUUGUGGGCGUCGGUCCCGCCAGGGUGAGGGAUCUGUUCGUCAUGGCGAGGAAGAACGCCCCCUGCAUCCUCUUCAUCGAUGAGAUCGAUGCCGUGGGCCGGAAAAGGGGGAGGGGAAACUUCGGGGGACAGAGUGAGCAGGAAAACACCCUGAACCAGCUGCUGGUGGAGAUGGACGGGUUCAACACGGCCUCCAAUGUAGUGGUUCUUGCAGGAACCAACAGGCCGGACAUCCUAGACCCGGCUCUGAUGAGACCGGGACGCUUCGACCGACAGAUCUACAUUGGUCCUCCUGACAUCAAAGGACGGGCGUCCAUCUUUAAAGUCCACCUGCGUCCUCUUAAGCUGGACUCGGCGAUGGACAAAGAAGCUCUGGCUAAGAAGAUGGCUGCCCUCACACCUGGAUUCUCAGGUGCUGAUAUUGCCAACGUCUGUAAUGAGGCCGCUCUGAUUGCGGCUCGACACCUGUCGGACGCCAUCAGCCAGAAGCACUUUGAGCAGGCCAUCGAGAGAGUCAUUGGAGGUCUGGAGAAGAAGACGCAGGUUCUUCAGCCGGAGGAGAAGAAGACGGUGGCGUAUCAUGAGGCCGGCCACGCCGUCGCCGGGUGGUACUUGGAGCACGCCGACCCCCUGCUGAAGGUGUCCAUCAUUCCCAGAGGGAAGGGGCUGGGCUACGCUCAGUAUCUCCCCAAGGAGCAGUACCUGUACACCAAAGAGCAGCUGCUGGAUCGUAUGUGUAUGACGCUGGGCGGCCGCGUCUCUGAGGAGAUCUUCUUCGGCCGGAUCACCACCGGUGCUCAGGACGACCUGCGGAAGGUGACGCAGAGCGCCUACGCACAGAUCGUCCAGUUUGGGAUGAACGCGAAGGUGGGUCAGGUCUCCUUCGACAUGCCCCGGCAGGGCGAGAUGGUCCUGGAGAAACCCUACAGUGAGGCCACAGCUCGUCUGAUUGACUCUGAGGUUCGAGUCCUGAUCGGCGAGGCGUACCAGAGGACCCAGGAACUGCUGAACGACAAAAAGCCUGAGGUGGAGAAGGUGGCCCAGCGGCUGCUAGAGAAAGAGGUUCUGGAUAAGAACGACAUGGUGGAGCUGCUGGGAAACCGGCCGUUCGCAGAAAGGUCAACCUACGAGGACUUUGUGGAGGGAACUGGAGGUGAGGAAGAGGACACAACACUGCCAGAGGGUCUGAAGGACUGGAACCAGGAGAGAAAGGACAAGGAGGAGAGCCAGGAAGAGCAGGUGGCCCGCCAGAUCUCUGGGGGAAUGCCCUUCUAGAACCGUCUGGGCUCACAAACGAGUACACGGUCCAGAAUCUUCUGGUUCUGAAGCCUGUCCUCUGGACUUCUGCACCAAACACGAAGUCUUUUCUCAAAACUUUGAAAUGUUCAGUUGGGUUCUGGAUCAUGCCGCUGACCUGAACCAUUGCUCGGAGCUCUCUGUGCAGAACCCGACCCAUCUGGAGUUCUGCAGUUUCAACAGCAUUCUCGAACUUUCAGACGUGUUUGUGUUGAAAAUCUCUCUGAACACGUAAACAAAUUCCAGACAAAGCAGCCUCUCGGCUCCAGGACACAGAACCAGGAGAGGUCAGCAAGUGCUUUCUCUUUUAGGCAACGACAGUUCUUCAUUAUCCAGAUGGUACACCGAGGUUCUGGAUUAUCUUUAGGACAUAUUUCAUUUCAUUUCAUUUCAAGGUGUUGAAGCUGUUGGUCUGCCUGUGUACCGACCAGUCUUUGUUCCAGUAAAAAAAACAAACAAAAACCAAAGAAUCCCGGUUACAAGUCCCGUCAAUGAGGUCUUCAAGACAAAAUGUAAGAACAUUAUCACCAUUUUGGGGGUGGUAAAGAUUAAAAACGUCCUCUGUAGAAUGUGUAGAACCCAACCAGAAUCUCUACUAGGUCUGAGGUAUUUUGGAACCUGGGCAGGAAAACCUGGAGCCCAAACAGGAUCCUCUAGAACAGUAUCUUUCAACUCUGGUUCUCUGGAACCUCCGUCCAGCAUGUUGUAGAUGUUGAUCAGCUCCAACACACUCCUGAUGCCUGAUGUGAUUGGAUCCCCAUCAGCCCGUCAUCAAUGUAUGCAGAACUCUGUCUGGUCCACUGAUCUGAGGCCAGGUGUGUUGGAGCCGAGCAACAUCUAAAACAUGGGUCUUCAGAGGUUCCUGAGCUCCAGGGCUGAAAAAACACUGUUAUAGAAACUCACUGAGUUCUCUGGAACCUGAACUAUGUUACCUGGAGUCCAGGCUGAAUUGUCUAGAACCCCAGUGGGAUCCGCGAGGAACCUCCUCUGAAUUUCAGGAACCUAAACCGGGUACUCUAGAAUCUAAACGGUUCUCUAAAGCCCAAACAGGAUCCUUUUCAACCCAGACAGAAUCCUCUGGAUCCUCUAGAACAGGGUUCUACACUCCGAGUGCUCAGGACCCCACUGCUCUGCAUGUGUUAGAUGUGUCAAAUGGAUCAGCAUCAGCUUGCCUUAAUGGUCUGCACAAGUUCAUUGAUGUAAUCCUGGUCUUUUGGAACAGGGAUCAUUUUAGACAUGCAGGGUCCUGCGGUCCUGAAGACUUGGACUGAAGAACUUAGUUCCAGAAACCCCAAUGACAUCCUCCAGAAACCCCUGUGAGGUCCGUUACAGCCUAGAUGGCAUCAUCAAGCACCCAGAUAAAGUUCUCUAAAACCCCAACACAACCCUCAAGCACCCUCGCAGGGAGUUGUACACUUGUUUUGCUUUCAACCUUCGAGUACCUCAUUUUUGGAAGUGAAACCCAUACUCCAGGGAAGUUCUGUCUCGAGCUGGCGUUAGUGUUCAUGCACCAGCAUGAACCAAACUGGACUAACUGAAUGUCUAGCUGGGUUUUAAAUAAUCUCAGUUAUGGGUUGUGGGUCCCUGAAAGAGCCCACUCAGGGUUCUGCUCUGAAUUUUAUCUGUUAGAACACAGAAUGGUUUUCAGGCGUUCCUUCAGUCUUCUGAGGUUCUGGUCCAGUGUUUUGUAAUCCACUUCUGCAGCAACAGGUCUUUUUAUCUUCAUUUAAAAUCAGUUCUGAUCCACUGAUCCAAGAAUCUGCUGUAGAGUUCUGAAAAUGCUAUGCUGGGUCUUUUAUCUCGGCCCGUUGCAGGGUUUUAGAUCACAUGUACUGCAGCUCAGUGGGACUUACAGAACCAGAACUCCUUGGUUGCAUGGAACCACUUUUAUGUUCCGCAUCUGGACUCUGCAGGAACCAGAACCCAGACCUGGUCCAGACCUGGUACCUUCAUUAGAACUGAGAAGUAUUUAAACACUUAUUUAUGACAAUAAUUGAUCAGAUUGAUGACAUAAAUGGACUCUUCUCCAAGAACGCGAGUCAUGGUCGUCUCCAUGGUAACUGUGCUCCGGGUGUUAGCUGAGCGAUGCCUAAGACAUGUUGAUAUAUUGUUUAGUAAGUGAAGAGUUCGUGCUGUUGCUAUGACGAGCACAACUCGGCCUCCUGCAGAUGAGUGUAAACAUGUAAUAUGAAGUGUGAUAAUAACGAUAUAUUGUUUCAUGACUGAGAUGUUUUAAUAAAGUCAGGAAAACUGUC